AUGACCCGGGUGGCCCGGAGCCCAGAGGCCGCGAGAGAAAAGGCGGGUCUGAAUAGGAGGCGGGGCAAAAAUGGAAAAAAUGAGAAUUUUAUCUUUCUUUUCUUCAUAGAUAUGAGCCAGUCAUCGGUGACUCUUGCCAGCACCUUACAGGUGAAAGGAAAUGCUUUAUCUGAGGAAGAAAUUUGGUCUCUCUUGUUUCUGGCCACUGAACGCAUUCUUGAGGAUCUUAAUAAGGGUUCCUCUAAUUAUGUAAUUUGUCCCUGGUCAACUCUACUGCACACUGCAGGAAGCCUGUCCUUCCAGGAUAAUGUUUCCUUUAUAGAAGCCGCCCCCUUCAAGGCCCCAGAAAUGCUUCAAGGACAGAGUCCAAAUCCACAACUUGAAACAUCGAAGGUGCAUGUUUAUUCCUUAGGAACGACUCUGUACUGGUCAGCAGAAUUUCGUGCUCCUCCAAACCAGCCUCUUCAACUGAGUGAGCCAUUGCUUUCCAUUUUGGUAAUGAUGUGUGAAGAUCUGCCUCAGAAACGUGUUUCCCUUCCAUUCAUCUUGGAGGCUUGCCGUGUCCAUCAGAAAGAUGUGGUUGCAUCUUCAACACAUUUCCACAUAAAGAAAUUGGUCAACCUUGUUGUGGGAAGCAUUUCGGAGAUGGAGCAGAUUGUUGUUGAAGAAAGCAAAUUUGUGCAAGAGAAUAGAAGUUUCAUGAUAAGGAGGAGACUAUAUCAAAAACAAAAUGAACUCUCAUGGCUGUCCACUCAGAAGACCCUGGAGCCAGACAGAGAUCCACGAUUGAGUGCAUGGGAAUUCCAGCUGAAUGCUUCAGCACCCAGCAACUCCAAAUUCUUUCACUCUGGAUCGACUAGUAUGAUUAUAGAUGAAGUUCCCCCAGGAUUUCAACAAGAUGGCAGACUCAGCUUAGGAUCUACCUUCUCUGUGGCACCUAAGAGAUCCUCCUCAGUGGUCUCUUCCCAGAGAUAUUUUUUACCAAAGAAUGAAAGGUUCUCAAGACCAGAAUUUAUCCAGUUGUCUGGAGAGGCACCAGUGACAUUACAUCUACCUGGCUCCAUUGUGACAAAAAAAGGGAAAUCAUAUUUGUCUCAAAGAGAACUCUAUGUGGUUCUGCUGAAUGGGCAAUGUAUAGAAGUUAAAUGUGAUAUCAAGUCCAAAGCCCGAGAUGUAUUUAAUUUAGUUAAGACCUAUGCUAACCUAGUUGAACACUUCUACUUUGGCUUAGCUUCCCAGAAAGGUAAAGAGUUCUUUUUCUUGAAUGAUGAAACCAAGUUAUAUGAAGUAGCACCAGAAGGCUGGAAUGACAGAUCCAAGAAGAAAACCACCAUUGUUAACUUCACCCUCUUUUUGAGAAUAAAAUUCUUUGUCAACCACUUUCAUCUUAUUCAGCACAGUCUUACAAGACAUCAAUUUUAUCUCCAGCUCCGGAAAGACAUUCUGGAGGAACGUAUAUACUGCAAUGAUGAGAUGUUGUUACAGCUUGGUGCAUUAGCUUUACAAGUGGAAUUUGGGAACUAUAGACAUGAGGUACAGGGAGAACAUUAUUUUUUGGCUGAAGACUAUAUACCAGCAAGUGUGAUUGAGAGAAUGACAGCGUCCUGUGUGGAAUUGGAGAUCUCAAAAAUGCACCGUUGCCAUGGUCCCUUAUCUGGAGAAGAAGUUGAACUGGAAUUCUUAAAGCUGACCCAGAAGCUCCCAGAAUAUGGUGUGUUCUUCUAUCAAGUCUUCCAAGAGAAGAAAAUGCCAGAGGCAGAGAUGACCUUGGGGAUUUGUGCCAAAGGCAUAAUUGUAUAUGAAGUAAAAAACAAUAGUAGAAUUGCAAGUUUACGUUUCCAGUGGCGAGAAAUGGGAAAAAUUUCCACUCAGAGAAAGAAAUUCACCAUUGAAAGCAGCAUCAGUGGUAAGAAACACACUUUCAUUACUGACACUGGCAAGAAGUGUAAAUAUUUGCUGGAUCUCUGCUCUGACCAGCACCGAUUUAAUGCACAGAUGAGCUCUGGGCAGCUUUCCCAAGUUUUAUCAGAAGAUAAUCAGCUCAUGCAAAUGUUCAAAUCAGAUUCUGCAAAUGUGCCCCAACAAGAGUGUCUCCCUCUGAUUCAGAGACUGUCCUGUUCAGAAAAUAUGUUCCUUGGAUCUAACCUAGAAAAAACAUCUGGAAGGCUGUUGGGCAAAUCAUGUGAUAGCUUCAAUGUAGAAAAUGGUCAUAGGACUGGAGAUGAAAGCAACCAAGACAGCCUUUCCUUUGGAUCGUCACAGUCAGAGACAUGUUCUUAUAUAACUGAAAACCAAAGAAUGUGCCUGCCAGCUCAGCUGGCACAAAAUAUUCUCUUUGGGUCACAAAAUCCUCAAAGAGAAAAUUUUCUAACUGGACUAGAACGAGAAAUUAUUUGUGUGACUCUAAAAAGAGAUCCACAGCAUGGUUUUGGGUUUAUCAUCAUUGGCAGCGAAGAUGUGGGCAAAUUGGAUCUUGGAAUCUUUAUUGCUUCCAUUAUACCUGGGGGACCUGCUGAGAGAGCGAAAAAGAUCAAGCCAGGGGGGAGAAUAAUCUCCUUGAAUAACAUCAGUUUGGAGGGUGUCACAUUUAAUAUGGCUGUUAAAAUCAUUCAGAAUUCUCCCGACCAGGUGGACCUGAUUGUUUCUCAACCCAAAGAUGUGUCUCAGACAGUUCCCACAGAGGGAAUGAACCAUCAGAAAAAAUGUGAUCCUGCCAGGUCUGAGGUCUCUCCAGCAGCCAGUGGGAGAAACAGCCUUCAGAGGAGCUGUUCAUCAAACAGCAAAGAGCAAAACAUAAAUAUUGAUGAGCUAGAGGCAACGCUUUCUCGGAGCUUAGUGCCCGACCUGGGCCAACCUCAGGUUCCAACUCCAUCAGCUGGCAGACUCCACUCAGAGAAUGUUGACUCUGCCUACUCUUCACCACCUGCAAAAAUCACCGCUGGAGAAACCUACUGGGUGGAAUUGGUUAAGGAAAACGGGACCUUCGGAAUCAGUGUGACUGGUGGUAUUAACACUACUGUGCCCUAUGGAGGUAUAUAUGUAAAAUCCAUUAUUCCUGGAGGACCCGCUGCUAAAGAAGGACAAAUUGAGAUUGGUGACCGCCUGCUGGAGGUGGAUGGAGUUAAUCUGUGCGGUAUCACCCACAAGCAGGCUGUUGAAUGCCUCAAGAACUCCCAGCAGGUUGCAAGGCUAGUUUUAGAAAGGAGAGACCAGAGACCAGCAGAGCAGUGUCCAUCUGCUUAUGACAGAAAGAAAGAUGAAUGUGUUGCUGUUUCCUUAGCAACAACCUUGCCUGACAACCCUGAGAGCUGCGCCUUGGUGACAGAUGGUCAAGUCCACAUAGAAGAACAAGAUUUCAGCAAUUAUCCAAAGAAUUUCAGCAAUUAUCCAGAGAAUUUGGAAGAUAACAUAUUUGAGGUCACUCUGAAAAAGAACUCCAGUGGCCUGGGAUUCAGCGUCCUACAGACGGCAAGGGAGAACUCAGAUCAUCUUAGAAGUUAUGCCGUGAGGAUUAAGAGGCUGUUUCCAGGGCAGCCAGCUGAGGAGAAUGGGGAAAUUGCAGUUGGUGAUAUUAUCCUGGCUGUGAAUGGAAAGUCUACAGAAGGCCUCUCUUACCAGGAAGUCCUUCACCUACUUAGAGGCGCUCCUGAAAAUGUUACCUUGCGACUUUGCAGACCUCUUAAAGUUAUACUGCCUGAAAUAGAGCAGGACUUGCUGACAUCAACAUCCUCUCCAGACAAAAAAUUUACCAGGGUUGAAUGCCUUACUCCAGAACACAGGAGCAACUUGAAUCUGGGCAAUAAUGAGAGGGACAGUUCUUUACUGGAAUCAGAGGAAUAUGUGGAUUCUAAGACAAUAUUUUUCCAUAAAACCAUUGAUGAGGAAGAAUGGGACUCUGAUGAAGGUGAAGAGAGACCUUGGGGUACAUUAUUAACUCAUUCAGAUAUUUCCUAUGAGUAUUCAUGGAAUCAUCAUCAAGAAACUACUGUUCCUGAAUUGGUUUCCUCUUUAGAAGAAGAUGUAAGACAAAACUGCUACUCAGUUUCUGAUGUAAGGACACCAGAAAGCCCUGAAAGGAGUGACUUUGAUGAAUUUCACAAGUAUGAUCUACCCGAGUUUCCCUCUCCCAACCCUGUGGAUGAAGAAUAUCUUACUAUAAGUACUACAUCUGCAACUCCACUCUGUCAGGGAGGAUGGUUGGAAGCACCUUCAAGGACCACUCUUUAUCCACCAUUUUGUACUUCUAGAACUCAAUCAGUAUCUUUGCCUAUUGAGGAAUCUGGCAAUAGUGAGAGUGAAUGGGAAGACCUAGAAGAGGUGGUUGAGGCUGUGAAUGACCUAUCCAAGGGGAGUGAAGAAAAUGGGAUCUCCUAUGGUAACACUGAAGUACUCCUGCCUGAUGCUUCUUCUGACCUGAACAUGGUGACUAACCCCAUGGAAGACCUUUCAGUUUUUCUCAGACCAGAGGAUGUGCCUGAAAUAGCCCUUGUGAAAGAUAGUGAUGGGCAGCUUGGAUUGAAGUUAACAGGAAAAUCUGAAGGUGAUGUACAGGGCAUUUAUGUUCUGGAAAUUGUGCCAGGUUCACCAGCUAGCACAGAAGGGAGCCUUCAGCCAAAGGAUCAAAUUCUGUCUAUCUGUGGAGUGUGGAUGGAGGGCAUCAGUGUGGAUAAAGCUUUGCAAGUAUGUGAGGCAGCUGAUCACAUGGUCUACAUCCGAGCAAUGAGAGUUGGCUACCCAGUGAUCCCUCGGGGACAAUAUAUAGCAGAAGACUUGAGGAAACAAGAUUAUGCCCUGCCAUCUAGCACAGUGUAUUCACCAUCCACUGAGGGUCAUCUCAUUGAAGUUGAUUUGGAAAAAAGAGGGACAGGGAGCUUGGGGUUUGCUCUAACAGGUGGCAGAAAUGGCCACUCAUUUCUGAUCAAAGCAAUUUCCCCUGGUAGCAUUGCUGACCUUGAUGGAAGACUUCAGACUGGUGACAUUUUACUGAAGGUGAAUGACAAAUCGGUAUUGGGUCAAACACACAGGGCAGUUAUUGACCUCAUCCGUCAGACUCAGGGAACUGUCAGGCUGACUGUCUGUCGAAGCGCUGAAGUGAAUUCAUCUCAUUCAAGCCAUGGAUACAACACGAUGUUUUCACGCAGGAAAGAUGCAACGCUGCCCGGAAAGGCUCUUGCAGUAGGUGCCACUGUUUCCAGAGGCCGGAAAGCCUGGGAAGCUCUGCCUUCUCCAAGUCAAGACAAGACAACCAGCCCAAUGGGCAAUCAGGUCUUUAAAACUAAAGUUAACUCACGGAAGGUGGAAUUGUGUCUACAGAGUUUCUCACUUAGGAAAGAUUAUGAGGAUCUUCUUGAACAGAGUACAGCUAGGACUGGUUCCAAUGUUUGGAGGAGCUCAUCAAGCUAUAGCUCUGAGAACUGGAACAAUGAAGAUGGGCAGUGUAUUGGAUCAUCCCAUGAUUCAGCUCUGAGGAACCCAGGUUUGAAUAUUGUUUCUGAGGAAGAACUAACUGAAGUAUCUGAGAUUAGGCCAGUUCUACAGAGUUGUCACUUGAUGGCGACCCUCAAACAUCUGAUUGAAGCCAUUGAAAAGCAGAUAGAAGGAAAUGAACCGUUCAUGGAAUUUUUGGCUCUAGAACACAUACAGCCACUUGAUGCCUGCAUCUUGGGAAAUGCUCCACAAAACAGAGAUAAAAACAGAUACCGAGAUAUUGUUCCAUAUGAUGGUACACGAGUUCCACUUGGAGAAAGGCAGGAUUAUAUCAAUGCAAGCUUUAUCCGAAUAUUGAAUUCAGGAGAAGAAUACUUUUACAUAGCAACUCAAGGACCUCUUCCAGGAACCACAGAAGACUUUUGGCAAAUGGUUUGGGAAAAUAAAUCUAAUGUCAUUGCCAUGAUGACCAAAGAAAUAGAGGAUGGAUUCAUCAAAUGCCAUCGUUAUUGGCCCAUUUCUCUGAAUAAUCCUUUGGAGCUUCAAGACUAUGUUAUUGCCUUGGAGAAUUGCCAGAUACUGGAAGCUUUUACAAUUAGAGUAUUUAAAAUGGUUAAAAAGACAGGAUCUGUUCACUUUGUGCAUCAGAUACAAUUCAUUAACUGGCCAGACCAUGGUAUUCCCACAUCGUUUGAGGCUUUCGUGAGGUAUGUUCGCUACAUGAGAAAGAUCCAUGAGACAGGACCCAUCAUUGCACACUGCAGUGCAGGAAUAGGGAGGACUGGGGUCCUCUUGUGUGUGGACGUUGUACUCCGUGCCCUAGAAAAAGACUUUCAGUUUAAUAUCAAGAAUAUUGUGACCCAAAUGAGAGAGCAACGUUUUGGUAUGAUUCAGACCAAGGAGCAGUAUCACUUUUGUUAUGAAAUCGUGGUUUAUGUUCUACGGAAAAUUCUAACCUCUUCAUUCAAUUCUAUCGAAUAAGAGUGGUGAUUCUUGCAUUGCAUCAGAAAGUGACCAAGUGACUUGGUAUCUGUCUCCUCCUCCAUGGACCUUUGCUAGCCUGUGGACACAAUAACAUAUUUUUGUUAGUAUUCAAAUAUCUUGGUAUCUGAAGAUUCUCUGAGGAUGGCAUUAUACAGAUUGAGGAUGAAAUAAUGAUUAUAAAGAAUCAUAUUGCCUCAUAGUGAUUCUUUUCAAUAUUAUCACAAUGCUACCCCUAUCUCAAUGGGACAAUCAUUUCAGAAAGUAACUGUGUAUUGGCUAUUCAGGCAAGAGGAUGACUGGGAACAAUAACAUGUCUUAAACAUUUAGGGUAAUAUUUUAUUCAGGAAGGGCAGGAAAAAGUCACUGGAUUUCCAGAAUUUUAUCAAACACUUGUUUGGGGGUGGGACAGAGAAUUUAAGGUUACAAAACUGCAGGAUAACAACAAUUAUCCCUUGCAGGUGUUCAAAAAGAAUCUUGCUUCUCCUUUUUGGCUAAAGAGCUGGUAUUUCCAGCUGGUUCUUUGAAUAACCCAGUCUAUGAAAGACCCAAGUAGAAUGGAUUUAAUAUAUGUAAGCAAUAUGGACUCCACUUCUAGUUUUCUUUUGCCUGGGAGCUUGAUCAGAUUUCAUGGGGAAGAUGGUAUCUUUGAGGCAAUUGCAUAUAUAUACAGAACAAGAGGAUGUAGGGAAAAUGCAGAGGGUGGUCAGAAGUCUCCCCUUCCACAUGAGUAAAUGGAAGUAAAUAAUCUGAGAUGGAAAUGAGUAUUUCUGUGUAAAAGCCAAGAAGUAACUACUGCCCAACUUGAGUUCUUUCCUAUUUUACCUUAACACUUUAGAGUAUUGCUCAGCCAGUUGUGUUGGUAUCAAACAGAAUUUUUUUUGUUUUGGUUUAUUAUUCCUUGCCCUUUUGCUGACUGAUAACUUUUGAUUUUAAAAUAUCAUUCCACAAUUCUGAAUUAUCCACAAGAUCCUUUAAGCUGUAGAUUUUGUUUUUCUGUCUGGAAUUUGUGAUAUUUUAUUUCCUUCUCUUUUUUCCCUUCCCCUAAAAAACUUGAAAAUUUCAAUUGGUUUUUCUGAUUUUCAGGAAAAAAGUGAUUUUGGAUUGCUGAAAAGACUUAAAUAAAUUUGUUUUUGAAAGAUCUAACUACUAUUACAUUCAGCUUAGAUAGGAAUUUGUGAAUUGAUAAAAAAAAACAGUGAUAUUAUGUAAGGGAGUUUCUGUUCUAUACUGUACACUAUCAUCAAUUAAAAGGAGUUGAUAAACUUCUGUACAUUCAAGUGAUAUUGAUUAGUGAUCAAGGUGACUUAUGCAACAUACUGGGGAAAUGCCUGAAGUCACAGUUAUAGAUCCUGGAUUCUUAAAAGAGGCUUAAUUACUUUCUUUAACUGAAUGUAUACUUGAAUUUGCUGAGAGAAAUAGAUGGUUUUUAGAUUCAUCCCUCCUGCCCCACCCCUCACUGAGUAGUAUCUACCAUGUAUGUAUAUAUGUACUUUACAAUUUUAUGUUAAAUUGAUAAUUUUAUUUCUAUUAUUCUGUUAAGCAGUAGUUAGAAGUGUUUGACCUUAGAUAUUUAGUCACUUUAUUUGAUAGCCCUCUCCAUUUCUUGUAAAAAUAACUGUGCUAUAUGUACUGUACAACAUACUUUUGUAUAGGAUUAUUCAAAUGGACUAUGUAUUGUACAAAAGUUUUUUUUCUUUUUUAUUUAGUUGGGCGCAAGAUUUUUCUUGUGAAGCCAACUUAUGCGAUCGAUUCUGGUGUUCUUUUUGGCAUAUUCAUUCCUUAGUUUCUGUGUACUAUUUUUACAGCUGGAACAAUUUUCAAUUUUCCAGGGAAAUUAAAGUAGCAAAUUUGGAAA